AUGGCAGACACCGAUGACGAGAUUGAGUUACAAUCAGUGUACGUAGCUACAUACCUUGUUCAGCAUUAUUAUACAACAUACAUUGAAAAGACUCCUUGUAUGAAUUCUUCUCAAACUGGUCAUAUGUGGUUGAUGGAAAUAUUACAAGGAAAUGAAAGUAGAUGUUAUAGAAUGUUUAGGAUGGAGAAAUAUGUUUUUAUUAAAUUAUGCAAUGAACUGGAAGCUAAUUAUGGAUUUGAGGGUUCAAAAAGGAUGUGUACUCUUGAAAUAUUAGGAAUGUUUUUAUUUACAUUAGGUCACGGCGCUGGAAACCGAUUAACACAAGAGCGAUUCCAGCACUCAGGCGAGACAGUUAGUCGAUAUUUCAACAAGGUUUUAGAUGUUUUAUGUCAUAUGAGUAUAGAUGUAUUAAAACCACCAGACCCAGAAUUUAAAGAUGUUCCUGUAGAGAUAUUGAAAGAUUCUAGAUAUAUGCCUCAUUUUAAGAACUGUAUUGGUGCAAUAGACGGUGUACAUGUAAAUGCCGUAAUUCCACCUGAAGAUCAAGUACCAUUUGUUGGUAGAAAAGGGGUACCAACUCAAAAUGUUAUGGCAAUAUGUAAUUUUGAUAUGCAAUUUAUAUAUGCAUAUGCUGGGUGGGAAGGUUCUGCUCAUGAUACAAGAAUUUUCUAUUCAGCUUUACGUGAUUCAACUUCAAAUUUUCCAAAACCACCCCAAGGAAAAUAUUAUUUAGUGGAUGCGGGAUACCCACAAAUUACAGGUUUUUUAGGACCAUAUAAAGGCCAAAGAUACCAUCUUCCACAAUUUCAACGAGGUAGCAAACCUACUGGUUAUAAAGAGGUAUUCAACCAGGCACAUUCUUCUCUUCGAAGUGUUAUUGAAAGAACUUUUGGAGUAUGGAAGAAAAGAUGGAAAAUAUUAAGAGAUAUGCCUAGUUAUCCAUACCAGAAGCAAGUAAAAAUAGUAAUUGCAUCAAUGACCUUGCAUAAUUAUAUUCGAAGGCAUGCAAAACGUGAUCGACAUUUUGAGAAAAUUAGAGACAAUCCAGAUUAUUGUGCAAGUGAUCAAACUAAUAUUGAAGAUGAAGAUGAGACAACUAGAGCUUCAAAUUUAAAUGAAAUGGACAAUAUCAGAGAUUUGAUUGCUGCAAGUUUAAUAGGACAUAAUUAA